UUAAAUUGAAAAAUCAAGAGAAAUAAUUAACCAAUCAUUGACUAAUACAGGUCUGCGAUUGGACAAAUCUUCUGUGUUUCCUUUCAAUUAAUGGAGGAAUAUGUUCUCUCUCUCUAACUACCGUGGCCUACUCAAAUUCAACCGAGUUCUCUCCCUAAACCUCGUCAAAUCACUCUCUAUCUUAAGCCCAACAAUCUCCCCACAAAGCCCCGUUUCUAAAACACUCCCUUACCUGAAACCUCUCAAUUCCAAGAUCUCGAAAUACAUGAAAAAUGGCCUUAUCAGCGAAGCGCAGGACCUGUUCGAUGAAAUGCCUCAACGAAAUACCGUCACUUGGAAUGCUAUGAUCCGUGGUUACUUUAAGAAUGGGCAAUCCCAAAAGGCGCUCAGUUUGUUUAAUGUAAUGCCUGAGCGUGAUAUUUAUACAUAUAAUAUAGUGAUUUCCGGGUUGAUGCAGUAUGGUGAUUUGGAUGGUGCUAGGGAGCUUUUUGAUGGCAUGCCAUUUCGAGACGUUGUUUCAUGGAAUUCGAUUAUUGCGGGUUAUGUUCAUGAGGGGUGGAUUGACGAAGCAGUGAGAAUAUUCAAUGGGAUGCCAUGGGAUAUGAGAAAUGUGAUUUCUUGGAACUUGGUGAUAGGCGGGCUAUUGAACAAUCAACAAGUUGAUUUGGCUAAGGAGUACUUUAGAGGAAUGAAUAUUAGAGAUGCUGUUUCGUGGAAAAUUAUGGUUUCUGGGUUUGCAAGAGUGGGACGUAUUAAGGAAGCUCAUGAUUUUUUUGAAGAGAUGCCCAUAAAAGAUGUCCAAGCUUGGAACGCCUUGAUGGUUGGGUAUAUGGAAAACCAGCGGAUUGAAAUGGCAGAAAUUUUAUUUCAAAAAAUGCCAGAGCGGGAUCUUGACUCUUGGAAGUGUUUCAUAAAUGGAUUGGUAAGUUGUCAAAGAGUCAAUGAUGCUCUUAACUUCUACAUGGAAAUGCCAGAGAAAUGCCAAAAGACAUGGAACAUGGUUUUGUUAGGAUUAAUAAGAAAUGGGCAUGUCAAAGCAGUUCAUGGGUUCCUUGAGAAACUCCCAUAUGGUGACAUAGUGUCAUGGACAAAUAUACUCGUUGGAUAUUUUGAAGUAGGUGAAGUUAGUGGUGCUAUCAAACUUUUCAAAUUGAUGAGAACUCCUGAUACAACCGUAUGGAAUGUCAUGAUUUGUGGAUUAGGAGAAAAUGGUAAUGGUGAGGAAGGUCUAAAAAUUUUUGUUAGAAUGAAAGAGUUAGGUUCAUCUCCCGACAAAGCUACACUUACUAGUGUUUUGACAAUCUGUUCGGACUUGCCAGCCUCACUUCUUGGUGAACAAAUCCAUGCAGAGGCAAUAAAAACAGGUUUUGAUCAUGUUACUGAAGUUUCUAAUGCAAUGGUUACCAUGUAUGCAAGGUGUGGGCACAUGCACUCUGCAUUGCUGGAAUUCUCUUCUAUGCCUAGUCAUAAUAUCAUUUCUUGGAAUUCUAUAAUCUGUGGAUUUUCUCACCACGGAUUUGGUGAACAAGCUAUAAAGAUUUUUGAACAAAUGAGAUUAACUGAUGUUGAGCCCAAUCACAUAACUUUUGUUGGUGUUCUGUCUGCAUGUAGCCAUUCAGGAUUGGUGGACCAAGGAAGAUACUAUUUUGAUUAUAUGAAAAACAAUUGUGGUUUGCAGCCAACCAAUGAGCAUUAUACCUGCCUUAUCGACCUUUUGGGAAGAUAUGGACUCAUUGAUGAGGCAAUGACUUUUGUAAAUCAAAUGAGAGCAGAUGGAAUUGAAGUCCCUGCAAGUGUCUGGGGAGCUUUGCUUGGAGCAUGUAGAAUUCACAAGAAUAUUAGAAUUGGUGAGAUUGCUGGCAAGAGUUUGUUGGAGAUAGAGCCCAAUAGGUCUGGCAUAUAUUUGAUUCUGGCGGAAAUGUACUUGAAUGUCGGAAGAAGAGAAGAUGCAGAGUAUAUUUUGAACCAAAUGAAAGAGAAGGGAGUCAAGAAGCAACCAGGUUGUAGUUGGAUUGAGGUAAACAACAAUGGGCAUGUGUUUCUUUCAGGAGAUAGCUCACAUCAAGACUUCAGUAGGAUUUGUUGUCUUUUAGACUUACUCCAUAAAGACAUGGAGAUUAUGGUUUCAAAAUCCAUUACUGCUCUUGAGCAAUUUCAAGUUGCACUCGAUGGACCUUAGGGUGAACAUUCUGCUACCAACACUCUGUUUCAUACUGAGUGACCUAAAAAGAAGGAAGAGCUGACUGUACAAGACUACAAAUCGAUUGGAACUUGGCAGCUGAGAACAUGAGAUCAGAUUUGGGUCUGGGACACGAGUUUCUGCCUCCACCAGUCAAAAGAAUCCAUGAAUAGAUAAUUAUGAGGGGUUUCACAAGAAGUGGGAAUUGACUUAAAUGUGACUACACAAAUUUUGAUAAACACAUCUUAAAACCAUUACUCUUAGAUCUUCAACUAACUAGAUCUUUAGUUUGGAAACUGUAAAACAGAUGUAUAUUUUUACCUGCACUAGCAAAUGCAUGGAAAUUGGUGCCGACCGCUAGGAUCAUUAUGGAGAACCAGGAGGGGGACAUGAUCGAAUGUAAUUCAGCACAAGAUGAUAGCUAAAGUAAAUUUGUUUUGAAAUGUGUAAUCUAUCUCUCCAACCCUCCACCUAUUUUUUCUUGUGAGAAUUAUCAGGGAUUUGUAUUCGUUUAUCAAUUCAAUAUUUGUACACAGAGUCACAAAGAAACCAUUUGAACCAGCAUCUAUCUUUUUUCCUUUCAUGAGUAGAGUUGUUUCAGUACCAAGUAGAAUUCUAUAUCUUUCUUUCACAAUUGUAGAUGGCCAUUUUCUUCAUUUGUUUAUCAGAAAGUUUUCCGCUUUUAGUUUCUU